AUGGAAGAGUACCUAAAGCCCCUAAUACGCGAGGGGCCAAACGAACUAAUUYUUCACGUGGGAACCAACAACAUCUGUGAUGAUAAUCCCCGAGAAGUGGCUGAAGAUGUGAGUGGCAAUUCUGAAUCUAUAUACAAUCCUAUUUCAAAUGUUAGAGGUUUUAAAAUGGCGUUACUAAAUAUAGUUAGUCUUCCUAAACAUAUUGACGAGAUUCGAAUAUCUGAAUUAUUCAAAUCAUUCCAAUUAUUUGCGUUUAACGAAACCAGGCUUGAUCCUUCCAUCUCAGAUGGGGAGGUUAGAAUUUGUGGUUAUGAUUUAAUUAGAAAAGAUAGAUCCAGAAAAGGGGGAGGUGUCUGUAUCUAUCUACGAAGUUCGAUCAACUAUAAAAUUCGACCAAAUAGUAGACCAUUCAUUGUCGCGUCUGUUUAUCGACCACCUGAUUGUUCAAACAACUUCUUUACUGAAUUUGAGAGYAUGAUUAGGGCUGUCGAUAAUGAAAACAAAGAAUUGCAUAUAUUAGGCGAUUUAAACUGUGAUAUGCUAAAACGAAUUCCAAACCAGCCUACCAGAAUUCUCAAGUCAAUUUACGAGAUAUAUCAAUUGCGCCAAACAAUAGAAGAAUCUACUCGUAUUACCAACACAUCAAGUACUCUUAUUGAUCACCAUACUACGAAUUCGAUUGAAAAACUUGCGCUAUCGGGGGUAAUUCAUAUGGGAAUUAGUGAUCAUAGUUUAAUAUAUGCAAUCAGGAAAAUAAAUCCUGUUACAAAGACCGAGGGAAAUGUYAAGAUUAUUGAAUUUAGAAACAUGAAAAGAUUUGACCAGCAACAAUUUAUUGCUGAUCUCCUUGGUCAGCCCUGGGAGCUGAUCGUUUUGGAAAAUAAUAUCAACUCCAUGUGGUCUCGUUGGAAGGAGAUGUUUCUUGAGAUAUUAAAUAAACAUGCUCCUAUCCAACAUAAAAGAUCGAGAUCUUUUAAUGUCCCAUGGCUGUCUAGGCAGAUAAAAGAAUUGAUUUAUACCAGAGAUAAAUUAAAACGUAGAGCAAUUGUAACCAAACAGGAAGAAGAUUGGACGGCCUAUAAGUCCUUCCGAAAUAAGGUUAAUAUUGAUAUGCAACAGGCUAAAACAAAUUACUAUCUAGAAAUAAUACUGUGGUAA